UGCGUAUUGAAUGACAAGCACAAGGAUUCACACGGUCUAUACUUAGCUCUCCAAAGUCUAUGCUGAAAGACACAAUCUGAAUACAGAGUGGCGGAACAUUAUUUUAAACACUUUAAACGCGUUUCUUUUGACGCAUUUUUAUGGCAGGGAUUGCGUUUUAAUGUGAACUUCUUCCUAAUUAGUUAACAAGAGCGCAAAAGUCACCAUUUGGACGCGCAUGACAAAGGAGAAAAUGGAAAGUUGUGUUCCAGUUAGGAUUCAGUGAUAUAAAAAAAGAAAAGGAAAGCAUUGGACAAAACACUGAAAUAUUUUCGCGAAUGCAUGUGAACUGUUAAAAUGGCACUGCGGUUCGUUUCAUUUUUGGUUCUCUGCAUCUUUUUUAUUCAAGUGCCACAGGGCCAAACUGGAUGUGCUGAAGUGGACUCCAUGACCGAGGCCGUUGCUGGACAGGGUUUUAUGUUGGGCUGCAUUUCUUGCAAAAAGAGAGAAGAGGUGCCCGGUUCUGCUGUUGUGGACUGGCACUUUAAACCAGCUGAAACUGAGGAGUUUCUUCACAUUUCACAGUAUGAAUACCCUUCCUUUAACAUUAUCCAUGAAACGUUUGAGGAAAGAUUACAGUGGCGCGGGACGAUGGGAACAAAGGAUGUGCAAAACGGAGCCAUCUUUAUUCACAAUGUCACAUUUAAUGACACUGGGACGUACCGUUGUACCUUUCAGCGGACACUGUUCCUUCCUCUUGGGGAUGAACGGGUGACAAUAACCAAAGAUGUAGAACUCACCGUUGUGGAAAAGGCCAACCGUGAGCUGACAGCUGUAAUAUCUGAGAUUAUGAUGUAUGUGGUGAUCACACUCCUGCAGUUGUGGAUGAUCGGAGUGCUGAUUUACUGCUAUAAGAAGAUUUAUGCUGAGAAUGAAGCUCGAGAGGCCAGAAAAGCUGCACGUGCUCAAAACGCACUCCUUGACUCAAAGGAUUCUUGUGAUGGGGUGCAUCUGGAAUAACUAAAAUAUUGUGGCCGAUGACACGAGACUUAAAGCAGCUGUGGGUUGAACUUAUGGAAAGGAGGUGGAGAUGAAUCAUUUCAUGUAUUCCUUACAUAUUCAUUUAAGCACCUUCCCAAAAACCCUGUGUUACAAGAAGAUAAAAACUUUUUAGUACAUAGGCAAAUCCUAUGUUUACUAUAAAUCCCACAUUUCCCACAAAUCCCACAUUAAAUGCACAUUUAAUUAUCUGUAAUGUGUUUUGAGUUAAGGAUUAAUGUUAAUUUAAGCCAAACACGAAUGUAAGAACAACUCAACAAAAAGCCACAUGAAGUCCCUACAUGCAAACCUGCCGGCCAUUAGUCCAAGGUUAAAUUUUAAUCUUUGUAGUCACACUUCAGAGGAAAAGCUACACACAAAUGGGCGGGAAGAUUUAUUCCAGACAGCAAACCUUAGAACAUCAUUUUAUUCUCAUUCACAGACAACAAAAAUACUUUGCAAUUGUUUGUUAUUGGUAGAAAUGAUUUAUUAACAACAGAACUUGGUCACAGUCUAUUUGAUUUAUCUGUAAUUUAGCACAAAUUGGUGACAGAUUACUGUUUAUUCUGUUAGUUUGUGUUUCAUAUGUUUGUUAAUAAAAAAUAUUUUAUUUGCAAACAUGUUAAAAUAA